AACGGGAAUGGGCGGGACGGGCGCCGGAAAUGACGUUCCCGGAAGCUCCGAGUGCCGUCCGAGGGGAAAGUUCCUUAUGCCACCUCUCUCUGCGGCCUUUGCGUCUUUUCCGAGUGUUGCUCAACCCUGUGGUAACCCGGACCACCUGCUGGCCCUGAGAGGGAGUUCCGUUCUUGACCGGCAAGAUCCCCUCCCAAGAGGCACUGAGAACUUCUUGGUCCUGAUGCCUGAUCAUGGUGAUGUGAGCCUCCCACCCGAAGACCGGGUGAGGGCCCUCUCCCAGCUGGGUAGUGCUGUGGAGGUAAAUGAAGACAUUCCACCCCGCCGGUACUUCCGCUCUGGAGUUGAGAUUAUCCGAAUGGCAUCCAUUUACUCUGAGGAAGGCAACAUUGAACACGCCUUCAUUCUCUAUAACAAGUAUAUCACGCUCUUUAUUGAGAAACUACCAAAGCAUCGAGAUUACAAAUCAGCUGUCAUUCCUGAAAAGAAAGACACAGUAAAGAAAUUAAAGGAGAUCGCAUUUCCCAAAGCGGAAGAGCUGAAGGCAGAGUUGUUAAAACGAUAUACCAAGGAAUAUACAGAAUAUAAUGAAGAAAAGAAGAAGGAAGCGGAGGAGUUUGCCCGGAGCAUGGCCAUCAAGCAAGAGCUCGAAAGGGAAAAGCAGAGGAUAGCACUACAGAAGCAGCAACAAUUGGAACAGGAACAAUUCCAUGCCUUUGAGGAGAUGAUCCGGAACCAGGAGCUAGAAAAAGAACGACUGAAAAUUGUACAGGAGUUUGGGAAGGUGGACCCUGGCCUAGGUGGCCCAUUGUUGCCUGGCUUAGAAACCCCUUCCUUAGAUGUGUUCCCCACCACACCUGCCUCAUCCACACAGCCUUCAGACUGUAGUACAAAUGUAAGGCUGGCUAAGCCACCUGUGGUAGACAGGUCCUUGAAACCUGGAACGCUGAGCAACUCAGAAAGUAUUCCUACAAUCGAUGGGCUGCGCCACGUGGUGGUGCCUGGGAGGCUGUGCCCACAGUUUCUCCAGUUAGCCAGUGCCAACACUGCCCGGGGAGUAGAGACAUGCGGAAUUCUCUGUGGAAAACUGAUGAGGAAUGAAUUUACCAUUACCCACGUUCUCAUCCCCAAGCAAAGUGCUGGGUCUGAUUAUUGCAACACAGAGAACGAAGAAGAACUCUUCCUCAUACAGGACCAGCAGGGUCUCAUCACACUGGGCUGGAUUCACACUCAUCCCACACAGACUGCGUUUCUCUCCAGUGUUGAUCUACACACCCACUGCUCCUACCAGAUGAUGCUGCCAGAGUCCAUAGCCAUCGUUUGCUCCCCCAAGUUCCAGGAAACUGGAUUCUUCAAACUCACAGACCAUGGACUAGAGGAAAUUUCCUCCUGUCGCCAGAAAGGAUUUCAUCCACACAGCAAGGACCCACCUCUGUUCUGUAGCUGCAGCCACGUGACGGUUGUGGACAGAGCAGUGACCAUCACAGACCUUCGAUGAGAUUUUGACCCAAACAACUUGCUAAGACUCUAACACUAUAUCAGUGUACUGUACCCCCUUAAUUUAAAAUUUCUGGGAAACUUUGGGAGCUGUCUUAGACAGGAAAGAAGAGUGGGCAUCACCUGGGAGAACUGAUUUUCUAUUCUGAUUUGAAAAGAAAUCAUUGAAUAUAUUUUUUAGGCAAAUCUGGGGAAAAAAGCAUGAAUUGUGUUAAAACAGCUUUUAAGUCUGCCUGUAACUCGAAUUUCAGAAACUAUGAAAAGUUGAAAGAAUGGUAUAAUGAGUACUCAUCUACCCUUUAUUCUAGAGUCACCAAUUGCUAACAUUUUUCCUCUCAGCUAUCCUGAUUCCUCUGCCAGAUCGUUCAUUGUUUACCUUUGGACUAAAUAAGGGCAUCUAUGCAGAAAUUUGGAAGCCUUUGGGUUUCCCUGUGGUUUAUGGCAAUAUUAGCAGAGCUCAUUACGAGGGUCAGGGAGAUUGAGAGCUCUGACCAGAUGGUGAGGCUGGCAAACCCUGAAGAAUUAUUUUGUCAAGAAGUAUUGUUAUUUAACAUUCAGGAUGUUUUUCCUCUACAAUAAAAUAACAAUUAACUUAUUUUCGUGUGUGUGCUCUAAAGUGAUCAGUUGGAUCAAGCAUUGAAUAAACAGGUUAAAUACAAGGUCUGGCUGUUUUAGGAAAGGCGAGGGAGAAAUGGGAAAUUUGAGCUCUGCUAACAUUGAAGGUGUGGCCCAGUUCUCUUUUAAUUAUUCAAUGUUUUUUCUCUGCCUGUUGCCAUCUUCCAGUGGUGUGAAGUCAUCUCUGUUCUCUUGGUGCUGUCUCAAGUGGGUCAUCCCAUUCACUUCCUUAAGCCGUAAAAGCAUUCAGCUCAGGAUAAUGUAGCUUUUAUUUGGAGUGCCAAGUUACACUUCAGAUUAACUGAGUACAUUCCCUAGUCACCCUACUUCAUUUUGUCUUGUUGGCUUUUCCUUUCUGACAUGGGCAUCUCCCAGCAAGGUGUUUGAAGCUAUAAUUGAGGCUGUAUUUUUCUUUGUAUGAGCUGAGCCUAGAAAUAAUGGUGGUGUGUGUGACCCCUCUGGUGAAGGCGGAAGAAUAAAUACAUUGAGUAGGAGAAGAGUGAAGCUUUCCUACUAUAUCAGAAAUCUGUGGGGGGAAAAAUCUGUGAAUGCAGAAAGUUUUGCUUCAUUUUGUGUCCUGAAUCUGUUUGGUCUUUAUUACUUAAGUUAAUGGUCCUUGAACUUAACCCCCUAAAAAUCCACCCCUCUAUAUUCUUUUUCUUCUCUUGGGUUCUUAACUCCCAACCUUUCAAAAUUCUUUCUUCUGCAAUUAUUGUUGUAGCUUGAGAUGUGGGCCCACAUGGGUAGGGGCACAGGGGAAGAACGCCUCCCCAGUCACUUCCUGAUUUUCCCUGCUGUUGCCCCAGAGUCAGCCAGACUGUUCCAUCCACUUUACCCCAAAUGGUCCUGAAAUUGUCCUAUCCUGUACUUUCCAGGAAAUCCAUUCCGUUCUUCCCAUUCCCAAGGCCACCACUUAGUUGAGGACUUUAUUACUUGGACUAUUACAGUAACCUUUUACCAGGUCCCUUUGUUGCCAAUCUUUCUUCACUCCAGUCUGUUCUGUGCAGCACAGUCAGAAGAAGCUUCCCCAUGUUAUAGCCGUCAUCGUGUUUUCUCCUUUCAAAAACCUGCAGUCGAUUCCCAUAACCUAAAAUCUAAAUUUAGCCUUUAUUCAGGACUAUAACAUAUGGCCACAUAAAGUUUUUACCCCUGGCUGCACAAAUCAUCCCCUGGGGAGCUUUUUAAAAAUACUGAUGCCCAUGCCCUGCCUCCACCAAUUAAAUCAGACUCUAGGGUGGAGCCCCAGACAUUGUUUUGUUUUGUUUUUUGUUCAGAUGAUUCUCAAGUGCAGCCUGGCUUGCAAACUACUGCACCAGCCAUUUAUGCCUAAGUGAGCUCUCCUGUCAGUCUCCUGUGUACAUCAUAGAGAUUCAGCACAUGCUUGUUGAACCAAAGUGAACAGACUGCAUCAUGCCCUGCAACUACAUUGAUCACUUACUGUUUGCAAAUUGCCAUAUUUUUUUGCUUCUGCUCCUGUGCAUAAGAAUCUUAGUGGCUAGAUGGGUGCAGGAAAUCAGCCUUCAGACGUCCGCUUUGCACCUGCUGUGGUGCUAGCCACCGCCCACAGAGGUAUUAUACACAGGAUUGUUUCAGGGUCUCUCUUUUCAUCCUACCUCUGUGAGAGCGACGUGGUAUUGAGCCAGCCCACAAGGAAGCAGGGAUACUGGGUGGUCAGCCAGUGGGAGAGAGAAGGAGCCACAGUUGCAGGGAAAGGACAAAAGGAAAAUUGUGAAUAAUAGAGAACGAAAUCAUGAAACCCGAGAAUAGGCUUUUAUUGAAAAGGUAACAAUGACCCAGCUAUAGAGAUUGACCCCUGGCUCCUGAGUUCCACAAAUACCACACUGCUGGUCCAGCCUGAGCGGAGAGGCAAUGUCUGGUUGCAUCCCAGCCAGCCUCAGAAGCACUCAACCUUCCAAAGUGCUAUGAGCCAGGAGAAGCUGCUUUUCUGGGAAACGGGGCAGGACUGGGUUUUUCCAAAUGAUUGCUUUCACAUGCUCUUAGUUAAAUGGGACAAAAGAGGAAGAAACCACUAAAGCCUUUAUAACGCUGUCAUGGGUACCAGACACCUUAAAAGGCAGCAUGGGAGAAGCAUUCCUUACUGGGUCUAAUGUUGUGGUAGGUGUUUGUUGCUUGAGAGGCAAGGGUUUCAGCUUAAAUUUUGGCACCCCAGAAUUUAAAAUUAUUUAAGUGCUUAUUCUCUUUGGCUGAUGAUUGCCUCUUUUUGGAUUUCAUUUACCCCAGUGAAGGGGGUAAGAGAGAUGGAGACCUCUGAGAGCAAAGCUUUAAUGAAGUCGAGGCCCCAUGAAUCCUACAACUUUGGUUUGUUUCAAAUGAAUUUGGGGAACACAGUUUUAGAACCAGAUAGAUAUUGUUCCCUAGAAAGUAGUUUAAGUCACCUGUUGGUAUUGUGCCCCCCACUCCCUUUUGUUUCAGUAUUUUAACCCCACCUGCGUUUAAAGAUGCAUUUGUGAAAGGGUCUUUGAGGCCUUUGAGCCCAGAGUAGGACUUCUGAGUAAAAGCUUAUUUCUUUGUGAGGAGCUUUGCACUGUUCAGAUAAGGACCGCUGGAACAUUAUCUUCUUGAGAAACAAGUCAGUAGAAUGAAGGAAGUGCCAGGCUGGACAUCUGAAGACUUUGCUUCUAGGUCCAGCCAUUCAUUCACCAGCAUGUCACUUAACUUCCCAAACAUCUUUAAAAUCUGUAAAAUGAGAUUUGUCUAAUAUGCCUAACUCAAAUAAGAACAGGGUAAAAUCAGUGUGUACACGAGACCUUUGAGAGUUGUGAGAUUUAAGGUAUUUGUUAUUUGUAUCUCUUGAAAUGUCAGAUUGGAGGUGCCAUUGCUUCCAUCUAUUAGGUGGAGACCCUACUCAACUUCCAGCCAGAGGACUCUUCCAGCAGAUCCACACUCUUUAUUACUGCCUGGGCUUCAGCUCCAAAGCUUUGUCUGGUCUGCCCUGGUAUCUGGAGCUGAAAAACAGAAUUUCAGGAACCACAGGAACCAUUCCAAAUUUUUACCCAUUUUUAGUAAGAUCCUAAAGAGAUUACACCAUCUCUUUUUCCCUUUGGUUUCACCUCACUGUUGUUUGAACCUUCCACUUUUGUUGUUUCAACUACUUUUUUUUUUAAUUGACUUAAAAUAAUUUUUUUGUGUGUGGUGAAAUAAGUAUGAGAAAACAUUUGGUGUUUCAACCAUUUUUAUGUGUACAAUUCAGUGAUGUUAAUUACAUUCACCAUGAUGUUGUAUAACCAUCGCCAUCAACUACUUCUUGAGAUGAAGGAAGAGGAAGACAAUGUUGACCCUUUUUAUUGAAGUCUUCACUGCUUAACCCAGGGAUCAAUUUGUACUUAACCUUAGCCUACUUGGAGUUAGAAUCAGGCCCUUAGGCUUAUAGGGUGUGUCCAGCAGCGUUCACUGUGCCCAUCAGCUCCAGGAUCCAGCCUUGUGCCACUGUGUAACCAUAGGCUUUUGUGUCCUUUGGUGAUCAAAUCUGCUUCCUUUAGGGCUUGGCUCAAGUUCCACCUCCGGUGUCUUCUCUCACUGGGUAAGUUCACUCUGAGGGCACCCUUCUUUGAACUCCAAUGGCAUGUAUAGCCUGUUUCACACAAUUUGGCAUGUAGUUCCCUGCUGUUUUGCAGUGUUUUCUUACCAUCUUGUGUGAGUCAUGUCUCUGAACUAAGCUCUGUUAGACCAUGGACCAUAUUUGCUUUAUAGCUUUGUGUUGAGUGCCUUUCAGUCAGUAUAACACUUCCUUACUUUCUUGCUUAGCCCUUUCUUGAAAUAGUGUCUUUGGUGUUGAAUCACAUGUAUUACAGAUCUAGACAGACCUGUACCAAAGCCUUGAGAACCUUUAUUCCCACAUUGUGGGAAAUCACCUUUAACUGCUUGACUCAGACAUCAUUUCUUGGGCCUAUGCUCCACACCAGUGUCAUGUUGUGUUAAUUAAAAAUCUGAAUAUCAGGAGGUGGUGGUCAAGAACUCUCAACAAAUGGAGUCAGCAAUUGAGUGCUUCUUCCAGUGCCAUUGCAGAUGGUUGUCCUGCCCAGCAAAUACUUUUGUUGUUGUUGUUAGGUGCUGUCAAGUCGUUCUGACUCUUAGUGACCCUAUGUACAACAAAACAAAACAACCCGGUCUUGCACCAGCCUCACAGUCAUUGCUGUGUUUGAGCCUGUUGUUGUAGCCACUAAGUCAGUCCAUCUCAUCGAGGGAAUUCCUCUUUUUCGCUGACCCUCUACUUUACCACACACGAUGUCCUUCUCCAGGGACUGCUCCCUCCUGGUAAUAUGUCCCAAGUAUGUGAGAUGAAGUCUCAUCAUCCUCGCUUCUAAGGAGCUGUACUUCUUCCAAGACAGAAUUACUCGUUUUUCUGGCAAUUCAUGGCAUAUUCUUUGCCAACACCAUAAGUCAAAGGCAUCAGUUCUUCGUCUUCCUUACUCAUUGUCUUGCUUUCACAUGCAGAUGAGGCAAUUGAAAAUACCAUGGUUUGUGUCAGGCACAAAUUAGUCCUCAAGGUAACAUCUUUGCUUUUGAACACUUUAAAGAGAUCUUUUGCAGCAUGUUUGCCCAAUGCAAUACACUGGUUGGUUUCUGACUUCUGCUUCCAUGGGUGUUGAUUGUAGAUCCAAGUAAAAUGAAAUCCUUGACAAGGUCAAUCUUUUCUCCAUUUAUCAUGAUGUUAUUUUUUGGUCCAGUUGUGAGGAUUUUUGUCUUCUUUAUGUUGAGGUGUAGUCCAUACUGAAGGCUGUAGUCUCUGACCUUCAUUAGCAAGUGAAACUUGCUUUUGAACGUCAAGUAGCUAAAGCAAAUAGAAGAAAUGAUGAAGUAAAAGAGCUGACCAGAAGAUUUCAAAAGGUAGCUCGAGAAGACAAAGUAUUAUGCAUGUACAAAGACCUGGAGUUGGAAAACCAAAAGAGAAGAACAUGCUUGGCAUUUCUCAAGCUGAAAGAACUUAAGACAGAAUUCAAGCCUUCAGUUGCAAUAUUGAAAGAUUCUGUGGGCAAAAUACUCAACGACUCAGGAAGUAUCAAAACAAGAUGAAAGGAAUGUGCUGUACCAAAAAGAACUGGCCAACAUUCAGUCCUUUCAGGAGAUAGCAUAUGAUCAAGGACCAAUGGUACUGAAGGGAGAAGUCCAGGCUUGAUUUUUUUCUUCAGUUCUUUUGGCUUGAGAAAUGCUGGGAGUGUUCUUCCUUUUGGUUUCCUAAGUCCAGGUCUUCGCAAUGUCAUUGUAAUACCUUACUUUGUCUUCUCGAGCUGUGCCUUGAAAUCUUCUGCACUGAAGACAUUGGUGAAAAACAGGGCUCCAGGAAUUGACGGACUACCAAUUCAGAUGUUUCAACAAACAGAUAACAACGCUGGAAGCAUUUACUCAUCUAUGCCGAGAAAUGUGGAAGACAGCUACCCAGCCAACCAACUAGAAGAUAUCCAUAUUUAUGCCUAUUCCAAUGAAAGGUGAUCCAACAAAAUGAGGAAAUUAUCAAACAGUAUCAUUAAUAUCACAUGCAAGUAAAAUUUUGCAAAGAUUAUUCAAAAGCAGUUGCAGCAGUACAUCGACAGGAAACUGCCAGAAAUUCAAGCCGGAUUCAUAAGAGGAUGUGAAACGAGGAAUAUCAUUGCUGAUGUCAGACAGAUCCUGGUUGAAAGCACAGAAUACCAGAAAGUGUUUAACCCACUAACCACUGUCGUGUUUUAUUAACUAUGCAAAGGCAUUUGACCAUGUGGACCAUAACAAGUUAUGGAUAACAUUGUGAAGAAUGGGAAUUCCAGAACACUUAAUUGUACUCAUGAGGAACCUAUACAUAUAUCAAGAGGCAGUCUUUCAGACAGAACAAGGGGAUACUAUGUGGUUUAAAGUCAGGACAGGUAUGUCUCAGGGUUGUAUCCUUUCACCAUAUUUAUUCAGUCUGUAUACUGAGCAAAUAAUCCAAGAAGCUGGAGUAUAUGAAGAACAUGGCAUCAGGAUUGGAGGAAGACUCAUUAACAACCUGCAUUAUGCAGAUGACACAACCUUGCUUGCUGAACUUAAAGAGGACUUGAAGCACUUACUGAUGAAGAUCAAAGACUGUAGCCUUCAGUAUGGACUACACCUCAAUAUAAAGAAAACAAAAAUCCUCACAACUGGAUCGAUAACAUCAUAAUAAAUGGAGAAAACAUUAACCUUGACAAGGAUUUCAUUUUACUUCGAUCCACAAUCAACACCUAUGGAAGCAGCAGUCAGAAAAUUAAAGGAUGCAUUGCAUUGGGCAAAUAUGCUGCAAAAGACGUCUUUAAAGUGUUGGAAAGUAAGGAUGUUACUUUGAGGACUAAGUUGUGCCUGACACAAGUCAUGAUGUUUUCAGUCGCCUCACCUGCAUGCGAAAGCUGGGCAAUGAAUAAGGAGGACCAAAGAAAAAUUGACGCCUUUAAGUUGUGUUCACGAAGAAUAUUGAAUAUGCCAUGGACUGCCAAAAGAACGAACAAAUCUGUCUUGGAAGAAGUACAGCCAGAAUGCUCCUUAGAAGCAAGGAUGAUGAGACCUCGUCUCAAAUACUUUGGACAUAUUAUUAGGAGGGAGCAGUCCCUGAAGAAGGACAUCAUGCUUGGUAAAAUAGAGUGUCAGCGAAAAAUAGGAAGACCCUCAACAAGAUGGAUCGACACAGUGGCUGCAACAAUGGGCUCAAGCAUAGGAAUGAUUGUGAGGCUGGCACAAGACCGCAGAGUAUUUUGUUCUGUUGUACUUUGGAACUGACUAAACGGCACCUAACAACAACGCCAAUAAGUGCUUCAAGUCCUCUUUGCUUUCAGCAAGCAAGAUUGUGUUAUCUGCUUAUAUCAGAUUGUUAAUUAGUUUUUCUCCAGUCCUGAUAUAAUAUUCUUCAUAUAGUCCAGCUUCUCAGAUAAUUUGCUGAACAUACAGAUUGAAUAAAUAUGGUGAAAGGAUGCAACCCAGGUACACACUUUUCCUGACUUAAACCACGCAGUGUCCCCUUGUUUUAUUUGAAUGGCUGCCUCUUGGUCUAUAUACAGAUUUCCCAGGAGUACAAGUAAGUGUUCUGGUAUUUCCAUCCUUUGCAGUGUUAUCCAUAAUUUGUUAUGAUCCACACAGUCAAAUGUAUUAUGCAUAGUCAAUAAAACACAGGUAAACGUCUUUCUAGUAUUCUCUGCUUUCAGCCAAGAUCCAUUUGAUAUCAGCAGUGAUAUCCCUCCUUCCACAUCCUCUUCUGAAUCUGGCUUCAAUUUCUGGCAGUUCUCUGUCGAUGUACUGCUGCACCUGUUUUUGAAUAAUCUUCAGCAAAAUUUUACUUGCAUGUGGUAUUAAUGAUAUUGUUUGAUAAUUUACACAUUCUGUUGGGUCACCUUUCUUUGGAAUAGGCAAAAAUAUGGAUCUCUUCCAGUCAGUAGGGCAGGUAGCUGUCUUCCAAAUUUCUUGGCAUAGACGAAUGAGCACUUGCAGUGUUGCAUCUGUUUGUUGAAACAUUUCAAUUGUUAUUCCAUGAAUUCCUGGAGACUUGUUUUUCUCCAAGUCUUACUUGUUUUGCACCUUCAGUGCAGCUUGGACUUCUUUCUCAGUCCCGGCAGUUCUUGAUCAUACGCUACCCCCUGAAAUGAUUGGACGUCAACCAGUUCUCUUUGGUACAGUGACUCUCUGUAUUCCUUCCAUCUUCUUCUGAUGCUUUCUGCAUCGUUCAGUAUUUUGCCCAUAGAAUCCUUCCGUGUUGCAACUCGAGGCUUGAAUUUUUGCUUUAGUUCUUUCAGCUGGAAAAAUCCCAAGCAUGUUCUUCCCUUUUGGUUUUCUAACUCCAGGUCUUUGCACAUUUCAUUUUUAUACUUUAUUUUGUCUUCUCUAGCUUCCCUUUGAAAUCUUCUGUCCAGCUCUUUUACUUCAUCGUUUUUCUGUUUGCUUUAGCUACUGCACAUUCAAGAGCAAGUUUCAGAGUCUGUUCUGAUAUCUGUUUUGUUCUUUUCUUUUUUUCCUGUCUUUUAAAUGACCUUUUGCUUUCUUCAUGUCUGAUGUCCUUUAUGUCAUUCCACAGUUCAUCUGGUCUUUGGUCAUUAGUGUUCAAUGCAUCAAAUCUGUUCUUGAGAUGGUCUCUAAAUUCAGGUGGGAUAUACUCAAAAUCGUAUUUUGGCUUUCAUGGACUUAUUUUAAUUUUCUUCAGCUUUAGCUUGAAAUUGCAUUUGAACAAGUCAUGAUCUUUUCCACAGUCAGCCCCUGGCCUUGUUCUGACUGAUGAUAUUGAGCUUCUCCAUCAUCGCUUCCCACAGAUGUAGUUGAUUUUAUUCCUCCAUACUCCAGGAGCAAGGUCCAUGUGUAUAGUCAGUUUAUGUUAUUGAAAAAAAAAAAUUGCACUGGAUAAGCCCUUGGUCUUGCAAAAUUCUAUCGUGUGAUCUCUGGUGUUUUUUCUAUCACCAAGGCCUUAUUUUCCAACUACUGAUCCUUCUUCGUUUCCAACGCUCGCAUACCAAUCACCAGUAAUUAUCAAUGCAUCUUGAUUGCAUGUUUGAUCAAUUUUAUAUUGUAGAAGUUAGUAAAAAUAUUGAAGUUCUUCAUCUUUGGCCUUAAUGGCUGGUGUGUGAAUUUGACUAAUAGUCAUAUUAACUGGUCUUCCUUGUAGGCGUAUGGAUAUUAUCCUAUCAUUGACAGCCUUGUACUUCAGGAUAGAUCUUGAAAUGUUCUUUUUCACAAUGAAUGUGAUGCCAUUCCUCUUCAAUUUGUCAUUCCUGGCGUAGUAGACCAUAUGAUUUGUCUGAUUCAAAAUGGCCAAUACCAGUCCAUUUCAGCUAAUACCUAGGAUAUAAAUCUUUAUGCAUUCUAUUUUAUUUGUGAUGACUUCCAGUUUUCCUAGAGUCAUACUUUGUGCAUCCCAUGUUCCAAUUAUUAAUGGAUGUUUGCAGCUGCUGCUUCUCAUUUUGAGUCGUGGCCCAUGAGCAGAGGAAUGUCUAGAAAAGUUUACUCCAUCCAUGCCAUUAAAGUUGACUCUACUUUGAGGAGGCAGCUCUUCCUCGGUCACAUUUUGAGUACCUUCCAACCUGAGAGGCUCAUCUUCCAGCACUAUAUGAGACGAUGUCCCGCUGCUAUUUGUUAGGUUUCCACUGGCCAUUUUUUUUUAGAAGUAGAUUGCCAUGUCCUUCUUCCUAACCUGUCUUAUUCUGGAAGCUCCACUGAAAUCUGUCCACCAUGGGUGAUCCUGCUGGUAUUUGAAGUACUGGUGGCAUAGCUUCCAGCGUCACAGCAACAUGCAAGCCACCACAGUGCAACAAACUGACAGACAAGUAGUGGCAGACACAUUUAGUGAUUGGUUAUAAGAAGAUGUACCUACAAAAAAGACUGAAAAGAGGAGGUCACAGAGAUAGGAAGGGACCGGAAGAUGGUGACCCCACUGUCUUGUCAUAGAAACCAACAGAGGCACAGUUUAAAAAGGGGGGAGAUCAGUGUUGUCAUAUGCCUCAGAAGAGAUUUUCUGGACUAAAGACAAAGAUGAGUCCAUGGGAUGUGGCAGUUAGGGGAGGCCUUCCCUGACAACCCCAUCUAAAGAACCUCACCCCAUCUGCUAUGGAAAACAGUGUGGUACUUCCUUAAAAUGCUAGAAAAGGAAUACCAUGUGAUCUAGCAAUACCACUUCUAAGUAUAUAUCCCAGAGAAAUAAAAGCCAUGACAAGAAUAGACAUAUGCACACUCAUGUUCACUGCAGCAUUAUUCACAAUAGUAAAAGAUGGAAACAACCUAAGUGCCUGUCAAUGGAUGACUGGAUAAACAAGAUGUGGUACGUACACACAAUGGAAUACUAUGCAAUGAUAAAAAAUAAUGACGAAUCCAUGAAACAUCUCACAACAUGGAUGAAUCUGGAGGACAUUAUGCUGAGUGAAAUAAGUCAAUCACAAAAGGACAAAUAUUAUAUGAGUACGAUUAUAAAUAGUCAAGAAAAGGUUGUAUACAGAAAGACUUUUUUUUUUUUUUUAUGAUUACCAGGAAUGGGAUGAGGAGGAAGGGAAAAUCACUAACUAAAGAGUAGACAUGUGUUAACUUUGGUGAAGGGAAAGGCAGUGAUGGACCUCACCCCAUCAUGUUACCACGUCGCCUUCUUCACUGGCUGAGCAGCACUGCCAUUAGCUAAAAGCAUCCUGUCCGUUUACAGUAUUCCUAGUUUAUUUACCCCAAUCCCCAAAAGUAUACUCCUUGAAAUCAGCAACUUUGUCAUGUUCCUUCUUGUAUCCUUAUCCCCCAGAAUAGUGUCUGACCAUAAGAUACUAGUAAAUGAACAGACGUGUUCAAAGUCACCCAGCUAGUAAGUUGCCAAGCUUUACUUUUUGGUAACGAAACAGUAGAUAUGCAGACAUUUUGAAUAAUCAUUCUAAAGGAUGGUGCAGUAUAAAAAUUAACAAGUUAAUCAUAGGUUACCUCUUAGAAAGUAAGAGAAAGAAAGCAGGUAAAACUAUAUAUAUGGCCAAUUUAGAAAUGAACAAUAAUGCAACAUCACAAAUUAAUACUUGAAAUCUCAACGAAUUUAGAACUUUCAAUGCUUUAAUUAUUAAAUGAGCGUUUGUCUCAAAUUCGAAAAGAAUAACAAAAUGUACUAAGGCAGGAGAAAAGAAAGAUUAAAGCAGAAAUUACUAUUAGAAAGACACAAUUUUUGGCUGCAAACUGAGUAUCUACCUAGAAACCUGAAGAUAAUCAGUUCUGAAAAAAUGCUUAGACCUAAAAAGAGAGAUAAGUUGUCCACUGUAAGAUAUUUAUAUAAUUUUUAAAAUAGCUUUCCAGUACAAGUAAUAACCAGUUGUGAUUGGAAAAAAAUAAUCUCACCUAGCAACCAAAAAUAUAAAAUAUCAAAAAAGAAAUGUCUUGGAACAAAAUUAACAGGAAAUGCACAACAAGUCUUAUGUGAAGAAAACUACUAAGGUUUACAAAGGAACAUGAAGAAAACAAAUGGAAAGACAGACAUGCCACAUUCCCUGAUGGGAAGACUUAACAUUUUAAAAUGUUAAUUCUUCUCUAAAUCCAUAAAUUUAAAUGCAAACCUACUCAGAAAUUUCAUUUUUUAACUUGAAAAGAUUAUUCCAAAAUCUACUCUUGAAUAAUUUUGGAAUAGGUAAAAUAACCCUAAGAAAUUGAAAGACAAAAAAUGUUGGGGGAAAUUUUAUUACCAGAUAACUUUUAUUAUAAGCCUAUGAGUAAAGUUAAAAUAAUAUCGUACUGGCUGAGAACUGGAUAAGAAUGAGCAAACUUUAUUGUUGAAGUAAGUAAGACUUAAACAGUUUAAGUUGCCCAAAGCCACAGAACUCCAAAUGAGUCACGUCAAACUUCCAAGCUCAUACUCUUAACCACAGUGCAAUACCACCUUCCUAAAAUACACAUAGAUACAUGUAUUCCUAAAAACUAUGAGAAGGAGGUAUACCAAAAUAUGAUUAGUUAUUUGUAGGUGAUGAGAUUAUGCGGUGAUUUUUUUUUUUUUUUUGUACUCUAUACGUUUUGGAAUUUUCCAAACAUUCUACAGAGAACAUGUAUUGCUUUUAUAAUUGAACAAAGUACAAUACCAACUGUUUUCAGAAACAAAGCUCCAUUGCCCCUUCAACGUGGGAGUCCAGCCAAAAUCUUAUUCUUGGACAGCACCGGUGAAAGGGCCUUGGGAAUGCUUUUGUGUGCAGCAGCAGAGGCUUGUCAUAUAUGGAAACCUUCCAUGAUGGUGACCUCACUGCUGGAGUCUGUUCAACAUAAACUUUGCCUGUAAGAGCUAGCAGAGAUCUUGGGACAAAACCUAAAGAACAGAGAGCUGCUGGUCUUAUGGCCUGAAGGUGUCCUGUAUAUCCAUCAGGAGCUCUGGACUUAGCACAUCUCCCCUGUGAGCUGUUACUAGGGAAGUGUUAUUUUCCUCAGCCUCAUCCUCCUCUAAAAAAGAACUCCCACAAUAGCUGAGAGUUAUUUCUGUAUUCUUCCUGGUCCCAAGUGAGAACGUAGGAUGUUACCUGUGUUUGACAAAUAGUAAUGUGUCAUUAAUGGGAGAAAGAAGUGGAAACUUCACCUAGACAAAGGAAGUAAGACUAUUUUUAACUAUUCAGCUGUCAUUCCCUGUAGUUAGCUUCCGUAUCCACGGCAGUAUCCUCUCUUCACCUUACUUUCCUUUAAAAGAUAAAAACCCUGGUGGCGUAGUGGUUAAGUGCUACGGCUGCUAACAAAAAGGUCGGCAGUUCAAAUCCACCAGCUGCUCCUUGGAAACCCUAUGGGGCAGUUCUCUGUCCUGUAGGUUUGCUAUGAGUUGGAAUCAACUCUAUGGCAAUGGGUUUGGGUUUUGUUUGUUUAAUGACAUUAUACCAAAGCACAAUUCUAUUACAAUGUGGUUCAUACCAUCUACAGCAAUGGCCCCUUUACCACUGUUAAUAACUCUUAGCACCCCUGUUUGCCACACUUAAACAUCUGUGUCUCUAGAACUUUCCUCACCCAAGUCUAGUGUUCUACACCUUUCUCUUGACUUAGGAGUUUUAGAUUAUUUUUUUUCGAACCUUGGUGGACUUGGGAUAAGUUCACAUGAAUAUUUAUUUCCCAAUUCCAGUGUUACUCUGCAAACACAAGGCCUCAGAUUUUAGCCCUUGGGACUUCAGUGUGGCCAGGAAGAGCCCAUAUACAAUGAGAAUGGAAUCUGGUGUUAGUAUGAAUUCUUUUAAUUGCACUGACAGAAAAUUGAAACUGGUCUUCAGGUACAGCUGGAUCUAGUGUCCAUUGUCACUAAGAGUCAUUUUUUAUUCCUCUCUUGACUCUUACAUGCUGAGUAUUUGUUCAUUUGGGGCUUUCCAACAUAGUAGCUUUGACAGCUCUAGGCGUGUAUCCUACUGUCUUAAUAAAUCCAACAGGAAAAAAAGAACUUCAUGUCUACCAUUAACAAUAAAGUCCUGGAAUUAGGUCUCUUUGGGUCCUGGCUCUGGUCAUGACUUUGUCCUUGAGUCAAUCACUGUGGUCAGAGGGAUGGAGUGCUCUGAUUGGCCAAGCCUAGGUCAUGUGCCUGUACCCCAUCUGGGCCACAUGCAUUGGGAGCAGGGGAGUAUUAUUAAUUCACCAAAGAAAAAUCAUGGGGGUAUUAAUAGGAAAAAGGGGAGUGAAUGCUGGGUAGGCAAGAGCAACAGAUGUCCUAGGAAAAAUGUAGAGCCUACCAUCGUCACUGUGGGCAGUAUGACCUGAGGUGAACAAGCUGAUAAAACGUAAAGGGAGCAUGAAGAGCUAUUGGCUUUAGAUAAUAGCAGCUGAACUAUGGAGUGGUGACUCACUCACCACCACAACCACCCCGAAAAGGGGGUCACACAUCCAGGCCAUGGGUCAUUCAUUCAUUUAAUUUGUAUUUAUUGAGCACCUACUGUUCAAAGUACACAGGAAGUAGGUGCUAUGCUCUCUGUCCUCAAGGAGCAAAUAAUUGAUUAAGGUAAAGGAGCCACACCCCCAUGAAAUAGUACAAAAGCAAUUUCUCCAUAAACAGUGAGUGUACAUAAGAUAAUGAGCACCAACUGUACAAGUGUCGAGAAAACCCAAGAAAGGGAGAAAUCAAUGUAUGCAUUUUAAUUUAUGCAUCAUGCGACUGCUAACCAAAAGGUUGGCAGUUCGAAUUCCCCAGCUGCUCCUUGGAAACUGUAUGGAGCAGUUCCACUCUGUCCUAUAGCGUCACUCACUAUGAGUCGGAAUCCACUCAACAGCAAUGGGCCUGGUUUGGUCCACUUUUAUUCAUUCAACGAAUAUUUUCUGUAUGCCUACUAAGGGCCAAGCUCCAUCCUAGCCUCUAUACACCUUACAGAAAGGAUUUCAAACAGUUUACAAGGAUACAUAAAAUAUUACAAAGAGAAUAUACGUGAAAAACUGCGACAGGAAUAUAGAAUACAAGGAUGCAAAAAAGUGAAAUCAGUAAUAAAGCAAAAAGUAUAAACCAUGGAUGGGCCAAACAAUGUGUGACGUCAUAAAUAAUAUAAACAUUUGUGUAAUAAACCCAAACCUGAAUAAAAGGGCUCUAUUUUUCACUAAAGCACUACAUAUAGUAAAUAAUUCUACCGGAACUGGGGUGGGUGUGGGGAGUAGGCCUAGAUACCCAGCUGUCUGCUAGCCUGGCCCAACCUCGGGAGGCAGCUGUCGUAUCCAGGAGCUCAGAUGGACUGCACAGCCUUUAAACAACUCCAAGUUUCUCUUUAGGGACACCUUAAUAAAUAUUUAGUGACAGUGAGCUUGGAAUUGUACUCUUUGCCAAGCGCCUGUGGUGCAGCUACCAUUCUUCAUUGUUGGCUGAGUGAGAUCUGAGGCUCUCGACUUUCAAACCAUUUUUAUUUUAACACAGCUCACCAAGGUGGAGUCAGAGAGCCAAUGGCCCGCCCACUCACUACAUCGAUUCCCACUUUACAGUGGAGAAGGGAUUUGCAAUAACCACAAAGGGUUUCCAUACAAGCAAAUUCGGGGAAUCAAACUACGGACAGUGUGGUAAUACCUAUUGAGGUAAUCAUUUUAACAUUCGCAUUCUUGGAUCUGUAGCCCUUCUUUUUGUCCUUAAUUAACUUCUGGGUCUGUUGUAAAUAUAAACCAUUCCCUGUCCAAGGAAAAAAGCUGUAUUUUCAGAAUAAAAAAGAAUACCUCCCUUCCUUUUUAAUAGCAUGGGGCUACUGGCCAGCUCAUCCAAAGAUAGUAGCAGACUUUUUUUUUUUUGAUGAGUGGAAAAGUACUGGUGUCAGAACUCAACCUGGAUCAGCCCUCAGGAAAGCCAUUCCCAGUGCUGCCCUCUGAGAUAGAAUAGCAGUGUCCAGUCAAUAACCAGGCAACGUGACGGCCUUGUAGAAGUCGAGCCAUUACUGAGCCCUUUGCAUAUAGCCCAGACCCGAGGAAAGGUCAUUGAAAGUUGCUAAUGAUUUGAUGUUUUUCUUGCCGCCGUGAAGUGGAAAAGAAUUCUGUGGCAGUGACCUGUGGUGGAAUUGGUGUUUAAAUACCAUCUGCUUCUAUGUCAAAUGCUGAGCUGAGAAUCCCAUAGCUGCCAUAGAAUUUGGGUAGAAUAACCAAUAAACAAAGACCUUUAAUAUAAGUUAAGGGGAGGCACAAGUUGUCCUUAUUCAAGGCAAGAUAAACCAGACUUGGGUCUAGGCAAAAUGAGCUAAGUCCAUAGAGUAAAAAAAUUAAUAAUAAUCACAAUAAAUACAUAAAGCCGAGGAUUAGAGACCACAAUUCAGAAGGCUUGCUAACAACUGCAGAGGCAAAAAGUCUCCCGUGGGUGCUUUAAUUAGCUCAAGUUUUAAAAUUGUCUGGGCAGUUGUUACAAAUUGUGUCCCCACCCAGAAUUUGUGUUGUAAACCCUAACCCCUGUACCUGUGGUUAUAAUCCCAUUAGGGAAUGGGCUUUCUUUGUUAUGUUAAUGAGACAGCAUUAGUGUACGGUAUGUCUUAAAUCAUUCUCCUUUGAAAUACAAAAGAUUAAAGAAACAAGUGAAUAAGUAGAGAUGGGGAGAAGGUAGAUGACACUUCAUAUGAAGACCACCAUGGAGCCAAGGAAUAGAAAUUGAAGAAACAAGGCCCUACCCCCAGAGCUGACAGAAAGAGAAAGCCUUCCCCUAGAGCUGGCGCCCAGCUUUUGGUCUUCUCAUCUCCUAAACUGUUUGUUAAAGCCACCCACUUGUAGUAGGUCUGUUAUAGCAGCACUAGGUAACUAAGAGAGCUUGAAGGAAUUAACCGGGCUCGUAUUUCUAAAAAUUAGGGCACUUCCUAGGUGUUAGCAUUUUGCCCCACACAAAUUCACUUUCCAGAAUAACUCUCCCAGAAUCUGCCCUUGUUGCCAGAUCUAUCAACCAGAUUCAAUUCUCACCAAAAGGUGUUAUUGAAAUAAAGUAUUUUUAAAACAGUGAAAAAUGUAUUGUAAACUUUAACUUUUACAAGGUCCUGACUGGCCUCUUCCUAUUUUGGCUUUUCACAGCUGCUGCUUUUGAUUUGUUAAAGGUUCUUUUGGCAGCCCAGUAAUUCUUCUUAAACUAAAUGUGGGAAAAAUAGCACCUGCAUUCGCAGUGACAUUUUGCAAUUAUAAAACUGAUUGUAAAUUAUUUGUAUUAUGGUGUUAUGUGAGAAUCUCACCUUCAGAAUACCAUAAAUGAGGUUUCCGAUAGUUCUCAGCUCAUACCAAGUGCAACUAUAAUAUUUUUUUUCUGCCUCAGGGCUUAGGGAGGCAGCUAAAGAUUGUACCCAGGUUACAGGGCAGGCCCUGGAGCUUGACUCACCUGGGAGGGAAUCCUGGCGUCCCACUUACUGGCUGUGUGACUUCAGUAAGUUACUUAACCUCCCAGGCUUCAAAGUCCUCAACUCUUUAAAAUGUGAAUAAUGCCAGGGUUAAAUUAAAACAAUGUAUACACAGGCUUAGCACAAUUCAUACCAAACAGAUACAACUCAAUAAAUGGCAAUUAUCGAUAAUAACAAUAAUAGUAACGAGCCUAGGCCCAGUAGUUUGCUCCGAAUCACCUUUUAGGGUCUCUAGUCUUGCGUGAGAACACCCUUGUCUUUCCUAGAGAGGUGGGAGAGGACCCUAACAGCCCAGGUUCAGCUGAGUCCCUGGAUGCUGAUGCCUUUCCCUGGGAAACCACAGCUCCUAGACACAAAAUGAGAGCCGAGUCUUGCUUUCUAUUUAAAAGCCACCUUUCUGGGUAGUCAGGCCUGAGUGUCAGGUAAAGAGCUUGACUUUUUAAAGAACCAUUCAUCAGGGAAGCUUCUAACCCUACUUUUAAAGCCCUCCAACCUCUUCCCCCCACCACAACCCUCAGCUUCCCCUGUCUCCCAGGGUGAGGAUAGGGAUUUGGGGAUACCACACUCCAAGUGCUUGCUAGGAAGGAAGAAUGUGUGGUGAAGGGAACUCCCUGGCAAUAAGUAAGGGAAGGAGUGGAGUUACAGAGCCUGCAUCUGGGUCACCUCCUAGGCCAGCCGAAGGCUAGGGCGCUUGGAAAGCAGAGAGGAACAUGGCCUGUUUCUAGCCUCUCUAGGGUUGGGCUCAUCCCGGAAGGGUGGGAGGGGAAAGGAUAUGUGUCUUUUUACUUAGCUGGCUAGCAUGUUUCAUAGUUCUCCCCUUUGACUGUUACUUCUCCAUUUAACAUGACUGUCCCUCAAAAGGAGCCCUGGUGGAGCAGUGGUUAAGAGCUCAGGUGCUAACCAAAAGCUCGGCAGUUCGAAUUCACCAGUCACUCCUUGGAAACCCUAUAGGGCAGUUCUACUCUGUCCUAUAGGGACACAAUGAAUCAGAAUCCACUCGAUGGCAACAGGUUUUUUUGGGAGGUCCAGCAAUAGGAGCCCCUGGGUGAUGCAAACAGUUAACAUGCUCAGCUGCUAACCUAAAAUUGCAGGUUUGAGUGCACCCAGAGAUGCCUCAGAAGAAAGGCCUGGUGAUUUACUUCAAAAAACUCAGCCAUUGAAGACCCUAUGGAGCACAGUUCCACUCUGACACACACAGGUUGCUGUGACUUGGAAUCAACUAGACGGCAACUAGUUACUAGUCCAUCAAAGUCCUCUGCGUGGCAGGUACCCAAAUGCUGGCUUUGUGGUCUCAUUCAUGUGUGGGGGUUUCUGUGGAUCUUGUGUAAUGCCCCCCCAAAACUGCACAGUUCCUUGGUAUGGGAGAUCUGGGUCUAGUGCAAAUGCUUUCACCCUCCUUAUCCCUGCCCCUGCCACGGGUACGCCCACAGCCUCUUGCUGCUGGAAUCCACUUGCUGACAGCCUGUCCUCUUGGGUGGACUAUUGGCAAGAAGGCUCAAGCCCCACCACCUUCCUUGUGCCGGUUUUACCCAUGAGGUGGCCAGGCUACUCCGCAAGCUUCCCCCCAUCUGCUCGCUCUCUUAUCUUCCCCCAAGCCCUCUCAGGUGGGGUCUCAGUCAGGUCAAUACGGCUGCUACCUAAGCAGAUGCCCAAAUGGAAAACAAAAAUCAUUGUGGGCCUGAGCCCAGAACAACUAGAUGGUGCCCAGCUACCACCACUGACCACCCUGACACGGACCACAAAAGAGAGUCUUGGACAGAAUGGGGCAAAA